AUGGUAAACAUAAUGCAAUCUUCUAACCACCCUUCUCAGCGCCAGCCCGAACCUCAGUACAAGGGCAACCCAUACCCUGUUGGAAUGCCGCAUUCACUGAUAGCAGCAACGAUGUACGAAGGCUCAGUAAGGAAUUUCCACUCAAACCCUGUCUCAAGCGAUAUCAUGAAUCAUCUUCUUGAGGACAAAAGGGUAGAUGAUUACCGUUCCUGGACUGGAAAUAGGGUGUCCAAGUAUACAGCGUGCUCAAACAUAAUCGCAAACGAGAUAUCUCACUUGUACAACCGUGACGAUCUCAAUUUUGAUGAUUGGCAGUACCUGCUCCUGUAUAACAAAUUUAAGAAGAUUCUGACAGAAAGAGGAACGUGUUCCCCGGAAACAAUCACGUUCCUGAUUUACAAUUUGAUCAACAUGGUCAAAAACGACUUGACCCUGAGGAAUCUCCUCAUGAUAAGCUCGGACGAGUACGUGGAGGAGGUGCUGACGAAGUUUGUGGAAAUGGCACUGAACCAGAGGACAUACGGAUACGAGUACACGAAGCCUAACUUGGAAGCUCAGAAAAUGAAGUCCUCAAGAAAGCACCUGCAGAGGAGCUCCGUCGCAGCCUCAAUGGCUAACACUGUAUCCAAGGCCUGGGGAUGGAAGGACUCGGAGCACCCGUUCCCAAUUCAGGCGCCCUCCCAACUAAAGCCUGAAAAUUUCUACGUUUACGGAAGGCACCUGGGAGGAAGCGACGAAAGUAUCAACAUCAAGGACGGGUGCAUCCCGGUGCCCCGAGUUGUGUACCGAAACAGCCCCAGCACGUCCUACAAGGAGCCAGCGGUUGCAGAGGCGGCAGGAGCGACACGCGAGCCCGAAAAGAAGAAAAACUCAAAGAGAUACGGUCCUAGAGGCCCAUACAAAAGGACGCUGAUCAGGAUGCGAAUGAGGGAGAUUAGUCGAAUGCGCCGCCACAUCAGAAACAAGGCAAACGAGUCAUUCUUCUUGAACACUGAGUUCGAUAACUCAGUGAAGGACCUCAAGGGCGAAAGCCAGGAAAACUCCAACAAAGGAGAGGAGGCAGCGAAACCAGUUGAGACAACAACAAACGGAAAAGGAGACCUGUCGAAGAAAGAUCAAGAAAAGGCGUUAGCCCAGGAAGAGUCAACGAAGCCAAGUAAAAUGAGGACUAGGCAGUCUGCGAAGGCCAGUGAAUCAAUAGAACAAACAGGUACAGGCAGGGCAGAAGCGAUUGCUGAUCUCGAAAACGCGCCCCAAAUCCCAGGCACUACGGGCGUGCAAGAAGGUUUGAAGAUGAGGAGUGGCCCCGAAGUAGUUCACCCAGCGAUUGUACCAAUGACGAUCUCCGAAAGGAGAAGAGAAGGAACGAUGGUCCCGUUGAUGGAACACACGAAGAGGGAGAAGAGACACGACCAGAACAAGGGAGGAGAGUGGCUGCCGCCAUCAGCGAGCAAAAUGUACGCCUACUACACGGGAGUCCAGGAGGGCUACAUAGACCCGCACAUGAUAUACUCCUCUAACGCGAGCACCAACAACAGCAUGUCAUCCUCGCCAUUAGCCAACGACUACUUCAACGACGCCCAAAGCACACGGUUAAACAGUGAGACGACAAGCGAGGACUACAACUACCCGGAAAUAACGUACGCAAUCAACAGGCAGAUGAACAUCCAUGAGGUGAGGAGCAAGGAGUUUGCCUAUUAUGAUCCGUCAAAGAGAGACAUGGCGCUGUACGCAGAAGGCAUGGAGUACAGGCCAUUGUACCGUACUCAUACCCCCGAACAAAUGGUGGAAAAGAAUAAGUCCGAAAAGGAGAUCCAGCCACUGAGGAAGUUCACUACGGAGGGACCUUACCACUCCAAGCCAAUUCCGGACAGUAUUGGAGAAAGGAGCACCAGAGCAGGAAGGAACACCAAAGCGAUCAAGGAGCUAAAAGAGACGAUAGCACACAAGGACGCGAACGUGCUCGACCUUAAUGUGAAGAAAGACAAGAUUGUUGGAAAACGUUUAGACAAGCUCAAGAAAAAAGCUCCUGCUAACGAGAUACACAGUGAAAAAGUCAAUGACCCUUUAGAAACUGUAGUAGAUGACAAAGAACAAAACCAUGAAAAUUUAAAUGGAAUUGGCGUGAGUAAUAAGACUAAUCGUAUCAAUGCCAUUGAUACCAUCGAUGCCCACCAGGAUACCAAAACGAAGGAAAUUUAUAUUUGUAUUAAAGGGAAAGGUCAUAAUCCUUUUGUUAAAGACCUGGAAUUUGAUAACGAACGUAGCAAAGAUAUCAAGUGCAAUGAUGAUAAUUUUGAGAAGAUCGAUACUGAUUUUAACAGAAAAGGAGAUGACAAGCAUGUUGAUUCUGGAAACAAGGAAGGCGCCAAAGUACCUAUAAUCGAUAUUGAUUUCACGCCGAAUCAUGUGAAAUUAACAUCAGGAAUUUGUAAGGAAAUAGAACAUAGAGAAGUCAACGUUCAUCCAGAGGAAUUCGAAGGAGAUGAGGUUAUGGAAGAAGCUAAGGACAAGGAACAACCACGUGACAGGGAACAAGCACAAGACAAGGAACAAGCAGAGGAAAUGGAUGACCCCGAUGUCAAGGAAGGCGAUGCGAGUGGGGAGGAAGGAAAGCGCAAAGAGGAGAACACAAUCUGGGACAUGGUCCAAAAGCACCACAAGUCGACUCACGCGUCAGCACCUGUUGCGGUGAAGAACACUAACAGCAUCAACAGCGAGGCGGCAGACGAGAAGGACGACAUGAGUCUGCUGAUCAGAGAGCACUACCACAUCAGCGAAAACGUGCCCUCGAGUCAGACGCUGCCGUUCCCGAACGCGUACAAGAACCCGAAGAGCAUCAAGUGGUCGUACACGGAGACGAAGAGGUUCUAUAACGCGAUCGAGACCUUCGGCACGGACCUGCUGAUGGUGCGGGCGUUCAUGCCAGAGUUCACCGACCGCCAGGUCUACGACAAGUUCAAGCUCGAGGAACGUAAGAACCCGCAGCUGAUGCAGAACGCUCUGCAGACGCACAAGAGCAUCUCGCUGAAGCAGUACGAGCAGAAGCACGGCAAGAUCGACGCGAAGACGCACUACAACCCGAACACAGACCCGCUGCUGCAGGGUGAGGCGGCGACGACGAAGUCGGGCCUGCAGCUGAACCCGGACGCCGCAGAGCAUUUUGACACGGAGGCGCAUCCCAAGGUCGACGACAAGAUAAUAAACCUGUUCAUGUAA